AUGUCAUCAGUAUCACCUACUUCACCAAUUCGAUAUUUGGCAAAUGCUCUCGACAAUUUAAUUUUAGAGAAAGGUGUAGCAUCUAGCAUUAAAACAAGAAAUGUUUUAUCUGUCUUACAAAAUUAUAUUAAAUCAUUUGAUGAACAUUGGUCAUAUGAAAAGCAACAAUUGCACUUCGAUGAAUGCAUCAAACAAAUCAAGAAUAUGCUUGACACUGAUGAAUUGGCAACAACAGAUGUCGAAACAUAUUCAACUAUCAACAAUGCAUUUGAAGUACUUGAAUCUACAAUUGCAACAGCUGUCGAAGAAAAACAUAUUGAACUUGAAGAUUACCAGAUGAUUAGCUCAGCUCUAUCUCAAUUACGACAAACAAUUAUUACAUUAUUUUCACGAUUAACUGAUGUAAACAAGAGUCUCGCAAAAGAUCUACAUCAAAUGAAAACUAAAAUGAUAAAUAUUGAAGCACGUCUUGUUAUUCUUGAAGUAGAUUCAUUAGCCGUGAAGAAAGCAAAUUUUAUUGCUGAUUUAAUGGCACCAUUAUUGGAUAAAAUUAUGGAUAAAAUGAAAGAAAAAGCAAUUGAUUGGCACUGGUGCUCACCACGUGAGCUUAAUCGAUUAAAAUAUUAUAUUGAUCAUGAUUCAAAUUGGAUUAAUAUGCAUCCAAUUGCUGAUAUCAUUAAUGAUAUUGCUACUAUAUAUGGAUUAGCACCAGGAGUUCUUGUUGAUCAUUUAGGAAUUAAACAAGAUAGAAAUUCCUCAACCUAUUAUACACGGAAGAUUCGAACAUUUGCUUUAAAAUCACAAGAAUUUCGAUUAUCAGAUUUUAUCACAGAACAUGACGAACUUCAAGUACUUAGUGAACUCGAAAGGACUAUAUUGCAGCCGGUCUUUAACAAUAUUUGUAAAGAAAUGAGAACACGGCAAACAACAGAAGCCUUGUAA